AUGGUUGGCUGUAGUUCACUUUUCCUCAACCUGGGAACCUGCCUGUUGCUUCUAUCAACGCUGUGCCCAGCGUCCGCGGCUCGUCGUGGUGGGAGCUUCGGCCGUGGUGGGGGGUGGGGAGGUAGUAGCCGUGGAGGAGUUGGGGGUUACCCUCGUCAAGGGGGAGGCACGGGAUACCGACCGGUGCCUUCCUCAAGUGGACAGGCAUACCGACCGAUGCCUGCCCAAAGCGGAGGCUCCAGUGUCGGGAAGAUGGCCGGAGCUGCUGCUGCUGGGGCCCUGGGGGGAGCAGUGCUGGGCAGUGCCCUGAGUCGCCCUGGCUAUGGAGGAGGGUAUGGGAUGUAUGGAGGUGGCUACGGAGGGUAUGGGGGAGGGUAUGGGGGAGGAUAUGGGGGAGGAUAUGGGGGAGGAUAUGGGGGGUACCCCAGAGCUGGAGGUUAUGGCCCCAGGCCUGUUGGCUAUGAAGGACCAGAAGGCUCUGGGGAUAUGGAGUAUUACUACGGAGCGUCCAGCGGACCCAUCUACAACAGCAUCAUUGUCAUCAUCGGGUCUCUGAUGUCAUUGGUGAUGGGGAACAUGCUGGGAGUGAUGUAG